AUGUGGGACUCUGUUCUUGUGAACUGCUCCAAGCCUGGGAGUCCAGCAGUGGAUGCUGUUUCAGCUGUGGUGCAUGGUCCAGAGGACACACAGUAGGCUGUGUUUGAAGAAGUGAAGCCCCUUUUAACCUCUCAGAUGGGUAAGUACAAUGUGUGCAUCAUGGCAUAUGGGCAAACAGGCAAUGGAAAGUUGUACACAAUGAUUGGAGCCCAGUCUGAGGACCCCGCAGACCCUGAACUUCACUCCCAGCAGGGCAUCAUCCCCAAAGUAGCAAAUGAGUUAUUCAAGCUGAUCUCGGAUAAGGCAACAGAGACUCACACAUUGGAGGUAUCCAUCAUGGAGGUUUAUGAUAAUGAGUUAUUGGAUCUCUUGGCUAGGAGUGUCAGUGGGGUGAAAAGAGAGGACAUCACCAGCGGCUGCAGCUCAAGUGAAGCACCCUGUCUUACCUAUGAGUCAGUUCACAGCUCUGCGGAGGUGAUGCAGCUGAUCAUUGCAGUGUUGAGAAUGAGGGAUCACAACCCCACACUGGUGCACAGAGACUCAUCCAGAUCCCUUCUCAUUGCCACUCUCACCAUCACAUCCAAAAGCCCUCAUGCUCUGGCAUUGGCUUGCAGGCUGCAGAGUGCCAGACAAGACCUUGAGCACAUGCCCCAGAGGGAACGUUGGAGCCCACACUGCUGCAGGACCGCCUCCUCCCUGUUCUCUAGCUCCACCUCCUCACCUAUGACUCCCCCUUCCCCUCGGAUCAGCAUCUCCCAGGCGCCUCUCAGAACCAAGCUGCAGCUGGUGGACCUGGCUGGCAGUGAGUGUGUGGGCAUGUCUGGAGUAAGUGGUACUGCUCUGUGGGAGAACUCCUGUUGUAUAAACUGCAGCCUUGCUGCUUUGGCUGAUGUUCUGGGAGCUCUGGCAGAGCACUGUGCCCGUGUGCCAUAUCGCAACUGCAAACUCACACACCUUAUAUAGGACUCCAUAGGAGGAGAUUCUAAGCUGCUGUUGAUGCUGCACUUCCUCACUGAGUCUCUACAGGCUCUGGGCUUUGGUCCCAGGCGAUCCCCCACGUAGGAAAAAUACCACUCUCAAGAGGACGUGAACCAGGGGAGGAAUCUGCAAGAAACAGGGCCUGUCAUAAAAUGUGACAGAGGAAGUGUUUUACAGUUUAAGUGAUCAUGAGAUGUGGUCAAGUGACUACUGCAUGCAGAUCACAUGGUGGUCACAAGACUUCACAACUAAUUCAUUACAUGGUGGUGUAAAAGAACCAUAACCAAAUAGCAGUGCGUGUAAACACUAGCGUGUGUAAUUAAUAGUGACAAUCCUGAUUACAUUGAGAAACCGCCGUGCUGCUUUCAACAUGUUUACAGUUCUCUCAUGGGCUGGGUACAACAAAGACUUUGUUGUUAAGCUCAGGUCAAGAUUUUUUGUGACACUGUUAUUCUAAUUUUAUUCAGUGGUUUAUGAUUGUACAUAUAGAAAAAAAAAGGUUGCAUAAAUGGGACCAAGAUAAAUGAACAAUACACGGAGAAUACACAAUUUCCUUUAUGUAUUCUGACACUUUACCAAUGCAGUCAUGAGCAUUGUUUUUGGUUUGUUUCCGAAUGCUUGUUUUAAACAUUAUAGUAAAAUA